AUGUCAUUCCGAAAGGAAGAUGCCACCGAUACCGUGGGUCACCCUGCUCAGUUGGUUGUGGAUAUGCUUGGAUGCGAUGAUGACCAAUCCCGGAAGUUCCAUUGUGGCCAAUUGGAAGCUUGGUACCAGGAGUAUGCUCAGCACCGGGGAGAAGCGCGCGAAGUGCUACGUGCUCAUUUGGAUCACAACAAGUGGAAAGAUGCUGCCAUCAACACCGAACAACUCAGAUCGGUGCGGUGGAUGGUGGGGUCACAACCGAAGGGUAACACUUGCCCUGCUGAGCUUCGUCGAGUGCUUUGUGUGACUCCACAGUCACAGGUUCUCCACCUCAAACUGGUGGUGCAUUUGUUUGGUGAGCAGAGCCGACGCUUGAGAGCUUCAGCGAGGUCACGUGUACGCUUGAGCUCCGAUCAGUUUGAUGAUUUCUUUGCUGACUUCGCGUGCAUGUAUUCCAUGGUUCUCACUGAAGCUCGCCAGUUGUCAACAUGGAAUGCAGAGAAAGAGGAGACCCUGAUGAAAUCAUUUUUCCAGCGGGAUUACAAAGCUGAUGUGGAAGCCAUUGUGACCAGUAAGCUGGCAACAUGGAAGUUGCAGCACUUCGGACUCUGGCAUGAUCUGGUCGCACCAGUAACAUCACCGGUUCCAGAGACCUCUGCAGCAGAGGUGAUGGAUCUGGAGGAGCAGGCCCACCAGGCCAAAUACCGGGAGCUGAGGGCAAAGAUCGCUCAGGACCUGAGCACAAUGACUGCGUUCAAUGCCAAGUCAGAUGAGAACGAUCGCAGAAGCCAUGUUGUUAGUGUGAUGCAUGAACGUGCCCAAGUCCAGAUUGGCAAGGAGCUGUGUGAAAGCUUCAUGGAGAAGAGCUGUCGUGUGAUGCUGUCAACUGAGAAGAACUCCUUGGACGCGGGGAUGACCGGCCUUCUGAAGAAUUUGGCAGUUUCCAAGAAGGUGAACAUCAAUGAUUUGCAUGUGGUUCUCUAUGUGGAUUGUACCAAGAUGGGUGUACUCUCACAGAUCGAAGUCAACAACAUUGGAGCCAUGGCUGAGAAAGACAAAUUGAUGGCUUCACGCAUUGGCUUGCGUGCUUUUACGCUCAACCUGAACACUGACGAGCUCCACAAAAAUCGUGAAAGCCCAUCAGCAUAUGUGUGCUAUUUAGGUGUAUCAGAUGUCAGCUUGCCUGGCAAAGGCACAGCUCACCGAAAGGUGAGAGGAGCACCGGAAGCUGAAGCAUUGCCAUCAAGUUCUUUUCCAGCAGCUCUCAACGAAAAGGAUUUCAUUGUUCCAGGAUGCGGUCAGGAGACUCUUCUCAGUCAUGAUCAACGAAGGAACUUGACAGACCAUCAGGAAACCAGUCAAUGGUUGGGGGGGUCUCAUGGUGCCGAAGCAGCUUCUCUCAGCUUUGUUUAG